GAUGAGGUCACUGCCGAUUCGGUCUUCUCGGGUUUGACCACUUUCGCCCAUCUCCCUUAUGCUGCGUGCUUCUCGCCUCAGACUCACCUCUUCCCCGAGGAAGGAGAAGUGGUCAAUGGCUCCCACUUUGACAUUGCCAUUGUCGGCAUGGGCUUCGACACCGGAACAAGCUAUCGACCUGGAGCCCGUUUUGGCCCUGGAGGAAUCCGUACUGGCUCUAAGCGACUGAACCUCUACGGUAGCUACAAUGUGCCCAUGGCCAUUGACCCUUUCAAGAACUGGGCCAAGAUUGUCGACUGCGGUGAUGUCCCUGUCACUUCCUACAAUAACGAAAAGGCCAUUUCUCAGAUGAGCAGUGGACACAAGUUCCUCAUGUCCCGCGAUGUGACAUACAAGGGCAAAGAGCACAAGAAGGACAGCACUGCCCCUGCUGCCCGUGGACGCUUCAGCAAGGACGGCAAGCCCAGGCCUCGAGUCAUGACUCUGGGUGGUGACCACACCAUCACCCUGCCGCUCAUCAGGAGCAUUCACGAGUCCUACGGUCCCGUCUCUGUGCUGCACUUUGACGCCCACUUGGACACCUGGAAGCCCACCGUCUUCGGAGGCUCUCCCGGUCUGAUCAACCACGGAACCUACUUCCACCACGCCUUCCAGGAGGGUCUUAUCACCAACACUUCUGCCCACGCUGGUAUCCGUACCACCCUCAGCUCUCUAGCCGACUACGAGCACGACAAGGAGUGUGGUUUCAAGCUGCACGAGGCGAGAAUCAUCGAUGAGAUUGGUGUACAGGGAAUCAUCGACUCGAUCAAGGCACGCGUUGGAAAGGGACCUGUGUACCUCUCCAUCGACAUUGACACCCUCGACAUUUCCGUCGCUCCUGCUACUGGUACGCCCGAGUCGGGCGGAUGGUCCUCGCGCGAGCUCCGAGCUAUUCUUCGUGGACUGGAGGGACUGAACAUUGUCGGUGCCGACUUGGUCGAGGUUGCCCCCGCAUACGACACCCAGGCAGAAAUCACCCAGAUUGCCGCGGCGGACAUUGUCUUCGAGGUGCUCAGCUUGAUGGUCAAG